UGGUACAAUGGUUAACUUAUUACUCUCCACUAACCUCUCUGAUAAUAAAACAUUUUUUAUUUGCAAUCCACUUGAAGAUGAGGAAGAAUUUGAAGAAUACGCAGGAAAAAAAGAAGCUGAGGAACAAAUACACACACAUCACGAUAUUUGCUUCCUCGAAUGGGAUAUGGGAGACUGUGAGGAUUAUGCCUUAAAGUGGCACUUUGAUGAAGAUGUUCAGGCUUGCAAUCAGUUCUGGUAUGGUGGAUGUGGAGGAAAUGCGAAUCGAUUCAAUACCCUUGAAGAGUGUGAAGACUACUGUGUCAAAUCACAGUAGAAAAUGUUUAAUCAGUUAUGGGCAACAAAAUGACUGC